AUGGCUUUGAACAUGACUAAUUUUACUUGUGGGUUUGGGCUUAGUCCCAUGAGUGGUACCUAUAAGAUAGUUUGGUUGCGAGGUCGUUAUGGACUGGAACCGGAGGCAUUGGUUUUGACUGUUGGCUCUGGGACUUGGAGAAGCACUGGGAAAUGUAGGUUGCCUCUCGGUAACUGUACGCUCAAUGGAGAGGAUGAGUUUUGGGUGAUGAAGGAGUACGGGGUUAAGGAGUCUUGGAGCCUAGAGUUUAAUAUUGUAGACAUCGUAUACUCCUCUUACGUGUUGAAGUUUGGGGAUGGGCAGCUCGUAUUGCUUCAUGGUGAUAAAUUGGUGGCUUAUGCUCGUGGUUCCAAGGGUUUUGUGGAUGUUGAGUUUGAUGGGAUGCAAUACUUGAGAGAUGCAUGUGUCCACAUUCCAAGCUUUGCUUCACCUAAAAACAUAUUAUCAGGGGGUAGACCUCGAGCUCCAGAUCGAGAGUACUAA